UGCUGAUGCAGCGUUCGACCUGUGGCGUUUGAGAAAUAACAUCGACCCUGACAAACCACCCUAACAUCUGCCGCACGAAUUUGGCUGCAUUUCAACCUGUGAUACACCGAUAUACUUCACAAAAUGUCAAACGGUGGUGUUUUGCGAAUCGAUUUGACGCUGGAUGAGAAUAAUUUAGAGGAUGGGGCGCGAAAAUUACUGUAUUUGGUGCGUCCAGAGUGGAACCAGGAAGAGAUCAAUUUCAAGGUGUUUACGUCGGGUAUCUCCAACAAAGUCGUAGCCGGAUUCCGUCCCGAGGCUAAGUCGGAUAUUGUCCUGAUUCGGAUCUACGGCAAGAAUUUAGAUCUUCUGAUCGAUCACGAGACUGAGAUCCAGACAUUUGCGAUUCUUCACCAGUCCUCCCAAGCAGGAUGCGGAGCUAAGCUGUACGCUCGAUAUAACAACGGUCUGUGCUAUGAGUAUCUUCCAGGAGUCAUUCUGGAUCCAAAGACGGUCAGGGAAGAGAGAAUCUACAAGCUCAUCAUCAAAGAGAUGAUAAAAAUGCACAGCAUCAAGCCACAGGAUGGCGCUGUGACUUCCCCUUGCCUCUUCCGCCUGAUGGAUAGAUGGCUGUCGAUCCUUCCAGAAACAUUUGAGGGCAAAGAAAAACAGAAAAGGUGAGUUAAGCAAGUACUUCUGAAGAGAAGGGAAAGAUAGAAUAAGGUCAUUCACUUAUUCAGAUGAUUUCUGAAUUUUGCUGGUACCGGAGAACCAGAGCCUAGUGUACUGACUGACACUUGCAGGGGUUGUAGUAUAACACUUGAAGCUUUGUAUGGCGGAUAGGAUAAAAUAAGAAACAUUUGCGGGUAACACCAUGUGGAAAGAAAUCUCUUCUCGGAAGAAGUGAGUGUGGUUCUGAAAAGAACCGGUUGGUUGAGUGUCUCAAGACAGCCCGGCACUGCUUAGACAUGUACAUGUACAUGUUGGCCUUUGUAUAGACCAUGUGCCCUGUGACGUCAUACCAGCAGGCAACCGAUGGGCAACCCUAUAUAAGCAUCUUUUGCAUGUUAUUUCUCCGCAUUAAACAGUAUGUCAACAGUUUUAUACCGAUCGCAUUUCAAGAGAUACACGUGCAGUGCAGAAGAGGACAGUUUUGCUGAAAGUUGUGAGGACAUGACCACAUACAAAACAAGUACAAGUGGCACAUGGUCUAUAGGAUUGGAUAAAUCCUGCCCUUUAGCAGUUGUGGUGGCCAUGCUUUAAUACUAAGUUUGCCUACGUGUAGUCUUCUUGUCAAUCUAAUGCAUUUUUCUGGUCAUGUGAAUUAUAUAGGUACAUUGGAACAGUCACAUCGAAGGACCAACUCCGUAAGGAAGUCAGCCAACUGAAGAGCGCUCUUACAUGUCUAGAAACACCCAUUGUAUUCUGUCAUAAUGAUAUCCUUCCCGCAAACAUCAUUUUCAACGAGCAGAAAGGUGACACUACGCGUAUCCAUGUCUGUGAUUGAUUUCCUGCCAGGUCAUGUACGCUGGAUUUUGACAGUGGGAACUUAGAACCAGAAUUUUGCCUUUCCAUGAUUUGUUAGUCACAGGGCUGUUGUGGUAAUAGGUUGCACAAAGACCUACUGCUAGCGAGUGUA